AUGGGUCACGAAAAGAAAAGAAUCAGGGAGCAGAUACCUAAUGUUGAUCUUUCAUGUUCUUCCUACGACACUGCAUGGGUAGCUAUGGUCCCCUGGCCAGAAUUUCCGCAGUUUCCAUGCUUCCCAGAGUUUCUUAAUUGGAUAAUAAAGAAUCAACAUCCUGAUGGCUGUUGGGGAAUUCAUGGUCUCCACCCCUCUCUUGUCAAGGAUGCUCUCUCUUCUACAUUAGCCUGCGUACUUGCACUAAAGCGAUGGAAUAUUGGUGAAGAACAUGUCGGAAGGGGGCUCCACUUUGUUGGAUCUUAUUUUUUCUCUGCUAUGGAUGAGAAGUUGCAUUCUCCUAUUGGCUUCGAGAUCAUAUUUUCUGGAAUGCUUGGAUAUGCCAUUGAUAUGGGUUUAGAUCUUCCUAUUAGACAAAAUGACAUAGAUGUCACGUUUCACAUGAGAGAUUUAGAACUGCAAAGAGCGUCUGAAAACAGUUCUGAGGGUCGGAAAGCCUAUCUGGCAUAUGUUGCUAAAGGAUUGGGCAAGUCACAAGAUUGGCAAGAGGUUAUGAAAUAUCAGAGGGAAAAUGGAUCUCUGUUCAAUUCACCUUCCACAACGGCUGCUGCACUGACCCAUAUAUACGAUGCUAAAGCCCUUGAGUACUUGCAUUCGCUUCUACAGAAGUUUGGCAGUUCAGUGCCUACUUCAUAUCCUAGAGAUAUCCAUACACUUCUUUGUGUGGUUGACAAAAUUGAGAGGCUUGGAAUCGCUCGACAUUUUAGUUAUGAGAUAAAGAACAUUUUGGACGGAAUAUAUAGAUGCUGGUUAAAUAAUGAUGAAGAGAUCAACGCAGACAUGGCUACAUGUGCCAUGGCAUUUCGUCUAUUACAUAUGAAUGGAUUUGAUAUAUCGUCCGGUACUUUCUGCUUCAAGCUGUAGGGUUUUGAAUUGUGGUUACUAUGGUGUAUCUAUCUAUCUUUAGUGUUAGUCUAAUAUGUUGACGUGUGAUGCAGACGCCAUAACUCAAUUUGGUGAUGCAAACUUUUUCUUCAAUUCAAACCAAGGGCAUCUGAAAGAUAUGAAAACAGUUCUAGAUUUAUACAAGGCAUCACAAAUCAAAAGCUUACCAAAUGAGCAGGUUCCCGAUAAACUAGGUUCUUGGUCAAGUAAUUUUCUGAGAGAGGCAUUAUCCGCCAAUUCAGAGCAUGGACUCCAAGUUCUUUCUCAGGCGGCAAGUUUUUGAUUUGAACCUAUAAGAACUCAAUGUACUUGUAUGUUCAGCACAGAAAAUUUGUAAACAUCUGGAAAUAGCAAUGGAAGUUUCAUAACUCAAUUCUUGUCAUCUCAGGUGAA